UAAAGCUAUCAGUUCCGGUUUCGGGUCGUUUAUCACAUGUAAUCCAUGAGUUUCAAACUUUGCCCAGCGGUUUAUUGUUAAAUAUUAAUGUAAUGAACAUCUGUCAGGCUCGUGCAUUAUUAUCGUAUAACUGCACCAACGGGCACUAGCAUCCGCGGUGGCUACGUGCUGUUAGCAGACGGAGGAUAAAGUAAUCACCUCUCUCUGAGUGUGUGCAUAUCAGGCAUAACUUAACGUACUUUGUUUUAUAUGAGCGUUUAAGGUGUAUUUGGACCGUAAAAAGGGGCGUUACCCAUGAGGAUUCACCACUUUUAACAGACAAUCUUCCCCAAUGUGUCACUUCUCUCAGGCCUCAUGUUAACUCACUGUGUCAGAGACGUCCUGUCGGGGCGUCUGUCCAAAUCAAAAACCUCUCAGUGCUGCAUGACCCUGGCUCUGCAGCACACCAGGAGAUACAGCAGCACCUCACCGAGCGAGGAUCUGGAUCCGCUCAGGACUUUCUUAGAGCUGUGUGCGAACAGAUACUACAUCUCACCUGGUCAGACUAACACAGAGCUGUUUCAGCGUGGGAGGAGCUGCAGUUAUGGACCUCUGGGCAUGGAGCUGAAGAGGAACCUGCUGGAGCAGUGGUGGCGCUCCGUGACCAGGUCCAAGUCUCAGGUGUUUGGGAUAAACACUCUGAGCAGCAGGAAGGACACAGCUACAGGUGGACUGAGGAUUGUGGAGUCUGAACAUGUAAAACAAAUUCUUGAACAGCAAGAACUGAGCAGGGAGCAGCUCGUCCAGAAGGUACAAAUGCUCCUACAGAGGUCUCCACCUGUGAGGACAGACCUCCUCCAAGGCGCCUUGGAGGAGUUUGUCCCUUCAUUGGAGCUCGUAAACAGGAAGCUGCCCUUCGGCCUGGCUGAGACCGGACUGUGUUUCCAGCCCUCAGAUGGUUCUGGUUGCUCCGCUGAGGUCACCCAGACGUCUCUGGUGUGGUUCUGCUCUCCUCGUACCUCUUCCCAGUGGCUGGAUCACUGGACGCGACAGAGACUGAAGUGGUGGAGGAAAUUUGCCCUGUCUCCAUCAGACUUCAGCAGUAGUGACGUUCCGGAGGAGGAACUCGAGGAGGCGGCUUCUCGUGGCGUGAGGAUCGUCUAUAGCUUCCCAUGGGGUCAGGAGCCCCUGGAGACGCUGUGGAGCAGAGGAAACACUGAGCUGCUGCACACACACGAAGGAGCCCAUUCCACACUACAGUGUCGAAAUGGUCGGAAGACAGUUCCUCACGUUGUCUCUCUAACCGGAAACAUGGACCGUGGUGUGAUGGCCUUUCUAUCCAACUCACUCCUGCUGCUCAAGAAUGUAGACGGCAAGCAGAAGCUGCAGCAGAGACAGGUUCUGAAGUUGCAUCCAGUGUUGGCUCCAGUCAAAGUGGCUUUAGACCUUGGCAGAGGAGCUACUAUGGAGCUGAGGCAGGUUUGUGAAGGGCUGCUGCAGGAGUUUAUGGAGGCUGAGAUCUCUGCGUGGCCUGGGUAUCUCGACACUCAAUCAACAUCAAUGGAGCAGCUGACUGCAAAGUAUGAUGAGAUGGGAGUGCUCUUCACUGCGAUGAUCAGUGAGAACACACUGGAGAGCGGCCUCCUUCAAGUCCGCAGCAGAGACACCACCAUCAAAGAGACCAUGCACAUCUCUGAGAUCAAGAACUUUGUCUCCAGAUACAUUUCUGCUGCCGACAACGUCUGA